GCAUAUUUAAUUUCGAAUUUUCAUUGUAUUUAUUAGUGUUGUUUUCACAUCUGUUAAUGACUUAAUGUCAGCGCCAUGACUUAAAAAGCGCAUGCCGAGUUGGGUUAAUUGGUUGGCUAACUGCGUAAUCAACGACGCCGAUUGGAACAGCCACGUUUUCACAACUUUCCCCGCCGCCCACAGUCUCCAUCCACCUCUCUCCUCCCGCCACGUGGCGCACACACAAUCAAAAUUAAUUUAACUCCCCUCCCCACCUAUAAAAUACCGCCUCCAACAAACCAAACCACAAAUUUUGAAAUUGAAAAUCACUCACCAAUUUAAUUCAAUUCUCCAAUGACGUGGACGAGGGGUCCCACCAUCGGCCGAGGAUCCACCGCGACGGUUUCCAUCGCCGCCACCCCCGCCGGCGACAUCUUCGCCGUGAAGUCCACCGAUCUCGCUUCCUCCGCCUUGCUGAAAAGGGAGGAAUCAUUCAUCUCACAACUCUCCUCUCCCUACGUCAUCCGCUGCUUAGGGUCCGACGUCACAAUCGACGAUCACAAACCCCUCUACAAUCUGUUUCUAGAAUAUUCCAGCGGCGGUUCGCUCUCCGAUCUGAUCCGAAAGCGCGGAGGCUCCUUGGACGAGAAAACGAUCCGAUUUUACUCAAAGCAGCUCCUCACCGGAUUGGAUUAUCUCCACCGGAGCGGAUUGGUGCACUGCGACAUCAAAGGCCAGAACGUCCUCGUCGCCGGCGGCGGCGCUGCGGUGAAGAUCGUCGACUUCGGUUGCGCGAAAUGGGCGGGAUCCAGCGGGUCUUUCGCCGGAACGCCCGCGUACAUGGCGCCGGAGGUCGCUCGCGGCGUGGAGCAGAGCUUUGCGGCGGAUGUGUGGUCUGUGGGGUGCACGGUGAUCGAAAUGGCCACCGGACGCCACCCCUGGCCGGAGACGAAGGAUCCGGCGGCGGCGAUUUACCGGAUCGCGUUCUCCGACGACGUGCCGGAGCUGCCGGGGUGGUUUUCCGGAGAGGCGAGGGAUUUCGUGGGGAAGUGUUUUGUGAGGGACGCGAGGAGGCGGUGGACGGCGGCGGAGCUGCUGCAGCAUCCGUUUUUGGAUGCGGCGGAGGAGGAAGCGUCUCCGACGAGCGUUACGGAUCAGGGAUUUUGGGAUGCGGUAGAGGCGUCGGAGUGUUUGGAAACUGCGACGGAGACAGCCUCGUCGGAAAUUGAUAGGAUCGGAGCGUUGAUCGGCGGUGGCGGUCCGAGUUUUGAUGAGGAUCAGGAGUGGGUGACGGUUAGGGCUAAUGAAGUUGAAGAUUUGAUUGAGGAAGAAGAAAUUUCAUAUUGUGAUUUGGUGGUGAUGGAGGAUUAUUCUAGGUUUGAUUUUUGCAGUGGAGAUAGUGAUUUUGUAACAUCUUCUUCAUUUUCACAAAAACAGAGUGUAAAUUAUUUGUGUAUUCAGAUUAUGUUCAUGGAAUUAUUUCUUCGUCAAGAUCAAGUUUUCUUACCGCCUUUUUCACCUUAUUAUGCACAUUCUUCAUUUUCAGUACUCAUGCUUCAUAAGAAGUGA